UUUAUGCUUUUACGUCUAUUUUUCUCCCGACGAUGCUUUCCCGGACACUAGGCCGCUCGGUGAACGCCCGCAGCAGCCUGUCGGCUAUCCAGUACCUGCGCGGACCGUUGUUUAGCCAGCGACUUGCCCAUGCUGCUGGCGCUACAAGCAGCUCUUUCAGCCCCCGUGCGCAGUCGCUCCACACCCAGCGGCUGCAGGCCAGCUCGGGCACCAGCCUCUGCCACUACGCUAAGCCGCGACUCUCUGUCAUCCCUGCACUCAGCGCCCAGUAUUCGUCGUCGACACAGCCAGCAAAGAACGCAGAAGCAUCGCUGUCCUCAUCAGAGCCAGCAGUUCCUGCAGUGCCCAGCUACGGACCGUUUAUUGACCGGUUCCCAAAGAGCACCCGGCCAUACCUGUUCCUGACCCGGAUCGAUAAGCCCAUUGGCACCUGGCUGCUGUACUGGCCGUGUGCUUGGGGAAUCGGCAUGGCUGCCUACACCACCGGCAUGCCGCCUACCGAGAUGGCAUACAUGCUGGCGCUGUUUGGCACUGGUGCUGUGGUCAUGCGAGGCGCUGGAUGCACCAUUAAUGACAUGUGGGAUGUCAAGUUUGACAAGAUGGUCGAGCGCACUCGCAUCCGGCCCAUUGCGUCAGGACUGAUCAGCCGGCCCAAGGCAUUUGUGUUCCUAGGUGCCCAGCUGUCCGUCGCCCUGGGUGUUCUGGUCCAGCUCAACCCGUACACGAUCGCGUUCACGCUCGGAUCAAUGCCUCUGGUCAUCAUCUACCCGUUUAUGAAGCGUAUCACGUACUGGCCGCAGUUUGUGCUUGGCCUCGCCUUCAACUGGGGUGCGCUGGUCGGGUGGACUGCUAUCACUGGUGGCAUGAACUGGGCCGUCACGCUGCCGCUUUACGCUGCUGGUGUGUCAUGGACGCUCGUGUAUGACACAAUAUACGGCCACCAGGACAAGCGUGAUGAUGUUGUCGCUGGCGUAAAGUCAACUUCGUUGCUGUUUGGCGAUAGCACUCGGCUCAUCCUCACGGGAUUCUCGGCGACCACCAUGAGUCUAAUCUCGCUGGCUGGAUACAUGAACGGCCAGGGCUUGCCUUUUUACUUGACUGCGCUGGGUGCCGGCAGCGCCCAUCUGAUCUGGCAGCUCAAGACUGUCGACAUCAACAAUCCGGCAAAGUGCUGGAAAAUCUUCAAGUCCAACACCUGGUUCGGUGCCAUCAUCUUCAGUGCCAUUGCCGCCGACAUAGCCUACAACCAGCUCACAGACAAGGAGGACGAUUCCCAGAAGACCGGCGAGACCAUCGCAUAGAUCGCCUUGAUCGAUCAAGUUUUCAAUAUAUCCAAUUAGCCCAAGGCCAUGAUUGGGCAGCAUAAUGUGUCUGGCUUCCACGUGCUGGCGCACACAGCCAAUCCGAGCGGGCCUUUAUUCCGCGUAAGAAUUUGGUGGAAAAUGAGCUGCAUGCUUUUUUCGUCGCUCUUUUCUCACUCAUCACUCGCAAUCCGUGGCACUCAGCUCCAAAC